AUUGUAAGAGUUUCCAUCUUCUAGAUCUCAGCUUCCUAGGAGAGAUUUGGACCAGCCAGGGAAGAAAUCCAUCGCGUCUGAUUGUCUGAAUAAGAUAUAUUCUUCUCUGAAUAUAUCUCGAAGCAGGACGUUGCCGGAAAAGACGGUUUACACUUCCUCAAGUUGCACUAAAAAUGGUGGGACCGAAAUGAAGACUUAAUGUGCCAUCUACUGGCCAUCUUGCGAACUUAUCGACGAAUUUCGAUCGAUAAUUUCAGUUGAUAAGUUAAUUUGCCGUAGAAAUAUACGGCAUGGCUGACAAUAAUUUAACCUCUCUAAAAUGACAUAUGAUUGAUAAAUAAAAUUAAAUCAAAGGACACGCAAAUAUAAAAACGUGGGAAAAAAAUAAUUAAACAAAAUUUGAGAAAAUUACGUAUUUCUCAUAACACUUAUUAUAAUGGUACUUUUGACACCAAUUUUAGAGUGUGUUAAAAAGCUUCCUAGAAAAUAUCUACGCUCAAACUUCCUCGACACACUACGUCUUCAUGUUAGAGGAGGUACGGGUGGUUCUGGAUUACCUCGUUAUGGUGGAAUCGGAGGCGCAGGAGGUAACGUGUACGUCGUUGCGAAGGAUGGGCUGACUCUAGAAAACGUUGUCAAGAAGUUGAAGACCAAACGGAUCAAAGCAGACUCUGGAAGUGACAGUGCGGCCAAGGGAAUUAUAGGUGCACCUGGUCAAGACACGACUAUUUCAGUCCCAUGUGGCAUUUCGAUAUACAAUCAGAAUGGAAUAUUAUUAGGAGAAUUAAACAAGGAAGACACAAAACUACUGGUAGCGAAAGGUGGAAUAGGUGGUUGUAAGGAAACAGGUUACUGUGCAAUGAAGGGAGAAUCUCAGACGAUAAAACUAGACUUGAAGCUAAUCGCCGACGUCGGACUGGUCGGCUUUCCUAAUGCCGGCAAGAGCACAUUAUUGGCAGCAGUUUCAAAAGCUAAACCUAAAAUCGCUAGUUAUCCCUUUACUACUAUAAGGCCCAGAUUAGGAAUCAUGAAGUAUAAAGAUCUUAGGCAACUUAGUAUUGCGGACUUACCAGGUUUGAUCGAGGGCGCGCAUAUGAAUAUCGGAAUGGGUCAUAAAUUCUUGAAGCAUCUCGAAAGGACGAAGCUGCUCUUGUUUAUUGUAGACAUACAAGGUUUUCAAUUAUCAUCCAGCCAUACACACAGAUCUUGUUUGGAAACUGUGGUUUUAUUAAACAAGGAGAUCGAACUUUACAAACCGGACCUAUUAAUGCCAACCAUGAUUAUAAUCAAUAAAAUGGACACUGAAAAUGCUGAUAGUAUCCUCGAAGAAAUUAAGCCGGCAUUGCACGAUUUAUCUGGCUAUGUGGCUACAUGUCCAGAGGAAAUGCGACCUAAGCAAAUAAUACAUAUCGACGAUAUUUUACCCGUAUCUUUAAUUUUGAACAAUACAAACGAGAUAGAAACAAUUAAAGAGAGGAUACGAAACAUCUUAGAUAAGUAUGAGGAACAGAAACAUAUCGCUCAGUAUGGCGAUUCCUUGGACUUACAGCUGAUAGAUAGGAUAAAACGACAAAACGAAGAACGCACACCGACUGUUAUAUAGAUUCGUAUAACAUUAUAAAAAUAAAUGUUUUAUAAAACAAAUAAA